GGAGUGGUCGCACCAGUUAUAUAUACGCGACAUUGUUAUCAACUCGCCAACGCCCCACAACUUCACUCGUAACAUAAACCAUGAUACUUGUGCACAUAUCGCGCAUCUUGCUUACGAACGCGAGUCCCGCAUUCCUGCGCGCGUGUCUCAGCUCGCUCAAGUGCUUGCGCCGACAACACCACCGUCACGCGCAAAGGCACAUUCGAACCGUCCCAGCAUGUGCCGCCAUCCUCGCAUCCUCGACUACGCUCAUAUCUUUGCCCACCGGCACCGUGCUGAGGUCUCCCGAAGCCGAUUCUCAACCACUCCGCCCACCUAGUGAGACGGCGCAAAGGAAAAUCCGAGGCCCAUCGAGAGUGCACAUUCGGAACAUGCGCGGACGACUACUGCAGGGACAUGUACCAUCGCUUUACGCUCGGAGGUGCCGCCGUCUUGAGCCACACUCAGGCUCGCCACUUCCGCCCGUGAACCCCGCAGCUGUCGUUGUACAUCUUGAGGUCACCACGCCGCUGCAAGUCCCCGUCGUCCCUCUGGUGUCGACCCGCGACCUGUCGUUCGCCUUCAGUCCCCCGGAGUUUGACGAUGGCUCGGUUGAGAGGCUGAUGGACACGAUCAGCGUGAUCGGUGCGUCUCUUCUAGUCCAGUCGUCUGCGACACCGGCAGUGCUCUUCGCACAACUGAAGAGUGCUCGUACGCAUAAGCACUAGUAACUACUACUUCGUUAUCAUUGCGUUACCAGUCAGCCGGCAUUUGCAUAGGAGAUGUUAUC